AUGGCAUUUCAGCCUACCCCAGCGGAUAUCUCCGUUCUUAUUACCAAUGCUGCCUUUUCACGGACUGCUGAUUCAGAGCCUCGCUUCGUCACUGAACGCCGUGUCACCCCCACGUGGACGGUGAUGCAGCUCAAGGGGAAGUUGGAGACCAUGACUGGUGUUCCACCGGGCAGCCAGCGCCUGCUUGUAAAGGUACCUGGUCGGUCUGAUCAAUGGGCGGAUGAUGAUGACCGGGCUAUUGGAGAUUGGGGGCUGGUCAAAGGAACAGAGAUAGUGGUCCACGAUUCACGCCCACAAGCGAUGAGGCCCAACUUUACCGACCUUUCAUCCGUGGAGAAAUACGAACUCCCCACGGAGACAUAUGAGUCUCUUCCAAACUCUGUCUUGGCGUGGAAGAAGAAUCUGAAGCUAGGUCGCUUUGAUCCCAAUGCUCUUUCACCUGAAGAGUCCCUUCGUCACCAAGUAGCAAAGGACAAGACCGAGAUAGUCUCUCGAGUGUCUGGGCCUGGCCGCGAACUCGAAAAGGAAGGGGAGCUUCCCGUAGAGCUGCAGCCAAUCUGGGUAGGUGUUGAGCUGGAUGAGCCGACGGGGAAGAAUGAUGGCAGCGUCAAUGGGCAACGUUAUUUCGAAUGCCUUGAGAAGCGAGGUGCAUUCGUGAAGCCGGACAAGCUGGAGGUCGGGGACUUUCCUCCCCUGGGGCUGGAUGAUGACUUGGAUGACCUGAUGGAGGAAAUCUAA